AUGUCAUUUUUACAUACAUUGUUGGGGAACAUGAAGCUCUCUAACAGGACAUCGAUCUUCGGGCUGCAGCUAUGGGUAUUGAUCGGAAUAGUAAUCGGAGCAGUGAUUUUGCUCAUUGUCUUCCUCCUGUCGCUCUGCGUCCCCGCCUUUCGCCGCCGAAGCCGAAGCCGAAGCCGCAGCUCCGGAACCAAAGGAAAACCCCGCCGCUCGGUAAGAGACCCGAGGCCGGCCGUAUCCAAGGAGGUACAGGUUAUCACCCACGAUUCCGCCGCCGAUCAACGCUCCGUCGCACCUCAGGCUGGGCCAGAGAUACAGAUAGAUAUGGGGAAGGUGGAUCACAGAGUAGUGUUUUCUGAUAGAGCGGGAUCAAGUAGUGAGAUCAGGGCUACUAGUAGGGCUGAGACGGGAUCGUAUAGAGGCAAUGGGUCGUUGCCAGAGGUGUCUCAUUUGGGAUGGGGAAGGUUGUAUACUUUGAGAGAGCUUGAGGCAGCUUGUAAUGGUUUCUCUGAUGAGAAUGUGAUUGGUGAAGGUGGAUAUGGCAUUGUGUAUUAUGGAGAGUUAACUGAUAACACCCGAAUAGCUGUAAAGAAUUUGUUGAACAACAGGGAACAAGCUGAAAACGAGUUCAAGGUCGAGGUUGAUGCAAUUGGACGUGCUAGUCACAAGAAUCUUGUCAGGUUGCUAGGUUACUGUGUUGAAGAAGCCUCCAGGAUGGUUGUCUAUGAAUAUGUUGAAAAUGGAUAUUUGGACCAUUGGCUUCAUGGAGAUGUUGGAGAAGUCAGCCCUUUGACGUGGGAGAUUCGUGUGAAUAUAAUAAUUGGAACUGCAAAAGGCUUGGCUUAUCUUCAUGAUGGUUUGGAGCCUAAGGUUGUUCACCGUGACAUCAAGUCCAGCAACAUUCUGCUUGAUCAUCAGUGGCAUCCUAAACUGUCAGACUUUGGGCUAGCUAAACUUAUGAAUUCAGAGAUUUCUCACGUAACAACACGAGUGAUGGGAACAUUUGGUUAUGUCGCUCCAGAAUAUGUGUGCACUGGUCUGCUGAACGAGAAGAGUGAUGUUUAUAGCUUUGGAGUAUUGAUCAUGGAGAUCAUCACCGGUAGAUCUCCGGCUGAUUAUUUGCAGCCACAGGGAGAGGCCAAUCUCGUUGACUGGCUAAAGAUGAUGGUUGGAAGCAUGAAAUCUGAGGAAGUAGCAGAUCCCAAGUUGCCUGAACGGCCUGCCUCCAUGGCAUUGAAGCGCCUGCUCUUGGUAGCCCUUCGGUGUGUUGAUCCUGAUGCCCAGAAACGGCCCAAGAUGGGAUACAUCGUACACAUGCUGGAAUCAGAAGACUUCCUAUCUCUUGAGGAGCGUCAAAUCGGCCGGAACUCUUCCAGUUCCAUCGGUGAAGAUAGUCAUCGAGGUAUAAUCAUUGAAGAAAGCAAUGAAUGCAUAUCUGAUGAUACUAGUGAAGGAGAAAACAAUAAAAUCAGAGAUAUACAGAGAUAGCUGUAUAAUAAAUAUGGAUAGUUAUUGCAUCUAAGUUCAGGUACAUUCAUCACCAUUUU